AAAGGAUCUAAAAUAGCACUCACUCUGGUAGCUCUUUACUGCAUUGAUUUCUAGAUAGUUUCCUAUAUAGCCCUGCACUGCAACAAUGUUUUUCAUAAUUUUAUAAUUAAUAAAUGCAAGCUGAUUAAUUCAUAUAUUAUAGCAGAUUUUGCCAGACUUUUUCUCUACAAAGCAGGCAUUUGUUUGGCCGACUGCUUGACGACUGCUUUGGCUUGUCUUGUAAGGGGGUGAGACGAUAGGACCUCUGUCAGAUGUUUCGCUGUUUUAAAUGAAAUCCUUGUUCUCACAUCUCUUUUGGUUUUUGUAUUAUCAUUUGAUUGACAUGUAACUACAAUGUCGGUAUACAUGCCGGCAGGUUCAUACCUUUGGACACUUUGCACUUUCGAUUAGCUUGUGUUUUUGCUCUACGUUAUUGAGGAACUGAGAAAGCAGUUCCCUAAAUCAAAGACGACUGAAAUAUCGAAAACAUUAGGUGGUGCCACUCGUAUACUAGCCAAGUGUGAUAGUAUUGGUAAUCACCAAGAAUGGCGGACGAAGCCCUGUUUCAGUUUUUACACAACGAGGUGAUACAGUAUAUUUACAAAUCAUCUGAACAUGGGGAAAUGGAAAAUGGGAGAUGCAUUACCAAACUGGAAAAUAUGGGAUUCCGUGUGGGCCAAGGACUAAUAGAAAGGUUCACAAAAGACACAGCCAGGUUUAAAGAUGAGCUUGAUGUCAUGAAAUUCAUCUGCAAAGACUUCUGGACCAGUGUGUUCAAAAAGCAAAUUGACAACCUAAGAACAAAUCACCAAGGCAUUUAUGUGCUGCAGGAUAACAAGUUCCGGUUACUCACUCAGCUCUCUGCCGGUAAACAGUAUUUGGAGCAUGCCCCAAAGUAUCUGGCAUUCACAUGUGGCCUAGUUAGAGGAGGGCUUUCCAACCUGGGAGUGAAGAGUAUUGUCACUGCGGAAGUGUCUGUUAUGCCUGCCUGUAAAUUUCAGGUCAUGAUUCAGAAGAUGUAGCAUCCUCCAGAGGAAGGCACAUUUACUCCAAACACACCUGUCUCACUUUUAUUGCCUUUCUUUAUUAAACAAAAGCUUGAAAUGUCCUGCAUGCAGUAUUGUGACAUACAGGUAACUGCCAAAACAAAGGAAAAGUAAAGCGUCUGAAUACGGCAUUCGGCAGCCAGCUUCAAUGCGCCUUGGCAUAGAUUCUAUCAGGAAAUAUUGGAGGGAUGUGACAUCAUUCUUCUGCUAGAUGUUAGGUGUAAUAGAUGGUUAAUGUUCUGAAACCUAUCCAUAGCAGAUUUCUUCACCCAAACUAACGUGCCAGCAUCAACUUAAUCACUAUUCAGAUUUGAUUAGGUUAUAUUCUCAAUUGAAAAAACAUUACAGUUACUUGUUUGCUGCCUCAUAAUUGAAUCGGUAACAUAACAUCUGGAUUUCCUAAGCUCUGAAAUGAAAUCUGAUUAUUUUCAGUUACAUUUUGAUUAGGGGGGGAAAUAUUUAAAUAUUUUUGAGACCAUCAUAGUGGUCCAAAAACAAACUUAACUGCACAUUUUUGAAAGAUGAUUUGAACGUGAGGAAACAAAAAAGUGUCUGUAUUCUUUUCACGAACAUACUUGCUUACUAUAGAUGUAAUCCAUUAAUCUUAUUUUUUAUUUUUCAGAAGUAAUUAUCAUAUUACAAUAUUAUGCUGUUAAAACAUUAUCAUUUGUUAUGUUGUCUGUAUGUAUCUGAAACAUAUUCCUCAGCUCUGCAACUGUUGGUGAUACAUCAGCAUGUUUAGCAGUUUUCCGUACUAAACCUCCAACCCAAUGUGCCCCAACAAUCUCAGCUUUCGAAAUCACUGUCAACUCCAUUUUAUGUAAAAUUUGGACAAAGCCAUUCAUGAUAACAAGAGACUGGGGAGGUGUCUUCAAGUGGGCUGUCUCUUCCUGUACUGUGGCUCAAUUCCAGGUUACAUUUGUGUAGUUAACUUGCCAAAUAUACACUGGGUAAUCACAAAAAGAUGUCUCUUCCCAUGGAUCACAAGUGAAAUGUGCAUUGCUAUGCCUUCUAACAUCACUUUUACGUCCAUUCAGUGGCUCUACAUGGUUCAUUGAGCUGAAUUUGUCCACGAUUCACCAGGAUCACAUGACAAGAUGAGGGAAUAUUUGCAAAUCAGUUUUAUUAUUUGCAAGUAGUUGACUUGAUUUCCAUCAUGAUGUCCAGUGUUUUCAUAACUGAGUUUAAAUCAACUGAGCAAGUGAAGAAGAUAAUCAUAAUUCAGCCUGUCUGUUUCCUAUGUGAAGAAUCUGACUCAGCCAUUAACAUUAUCUAGAUAAUGUUAGAUAUCUAGACUGGUUUAAGAAUGUACAUGUGAUGAAAAGGAAGCAAGAAUUGAUACAUGGGGCUACAUUUUUUUUAUAGUCAUGAUCCUGCUUUGGGUCACUGUCACAGUGGCUUCCAAAUGAAAGCCACUGUGAGAAGAGGCAGCUAUCCCGUUCUAGCCAUGGUAGCCAAAGUAAUGGGUAACUGGGCCUGCCUAGAAUUUUAUGUAUUGGCCUAAAUAAAGCAUCUUAGACCAGGCCAUGCUGCGCUCCAAGGAGGCGUGACAUGAUUUGGAGGUAUGGCCUCACGAGAUCAUCCUAAACAUGAUGGGAUGUUAAUUACUUACCUCAGGAUGUUUUUCCUUCAUUUUGGCAGCUACUGUUAUUUGUUUUAAUCAAAUUUAUUUGCACUAUUAUUAUUGUUAUUCAUUAUGAUUAAUCAAUUCAGCAUUGUAACAUUCACAAGAAUCAUGUUUUUGUUGUUUAUUUGCACUGAUUGAAGUAUUUUUAUCCAUUUGGUUUGGGCAUAACAUCGUCCUAUAUUGUUUGUCCUAACAUGCAGAAGUAGUUACUUUAUUUCACAAUAAUGAAGAUUAGGUCUACAGACUGUGAUACUGUGCAAUGCAUGUACUUUAUGGACAUUUAUAUUAUCCAUGUAUUAUCUCCCCUUGAGAUUAUUUGACUAUUUCCUGGGUAUAUUUUCUGUGCAUAGAGUUAGAAGCAGACUAAAAGGCAUACAUUCGUUUUGGACCAGUGCUGCCUGCUUGAUGUAAGCGAGGUGCCCUGGAAAAUUUAGUAGAUUUGUAGGAUUGUAGAUUUAAAGGACCAUACAAAAUAGGGGAGAAUUGCAGUGGUUGUUUUAGAUAGCCUGGACACCAGCCUCACAGGACAACGUGUGGUGGUUUUCUGGCUAACGGUUUAAUUGAAGAUGCACGUAAACAAUGGUAGGGACCAGAGAUCAGUUUUUCACAAACAGAUCACAAGUUGUUAUGGCAGUUAGGUGGUCUAGUGUUUAGGGCAUCUGACUGGUGUCCAGAAAUCCCUGGUUCUAAUCCCCCACCUAAUUGACUGUAUGUGUUCUGACCUAAACCUAAUUGCUCUUAAUAUUGUUGCUGUAAAUAAAAGAACAAUUCUUAA